UGGGCACAUGGGGGUGCGGGGGCGCGGGUGCCAACCGCCAUGGGUUAGGCCCGAGAUCGGAGUCCGGCCGCCCCCCCGACAGCAGCCGCCUCCUACUCUCCGUGCGCCCUGGGCGCCACCAUGUCGGGCGACAAACUCCUGAGCGAACUCGGCUAUAAGCUGGGUCGCACGAUAGGCGAGGGCAGCUACUCCAAGGUCAAGGUGGCCACGUCCAAGAAGUACAAGGGCACGGUGGCCAUCAAGGUGGUGGACCGGCGGCGAGCGCCCCCGGACUUCGUCAACAAGUUCCUGCCACGAGAGCUGUCCAUCCUGCGGGGCGUGCGGCACCCGCACAUCGUGCACGUCUUCGAGUUCAUCGAGGUGUGCAACGGCAAGCUGUACAUCGUGAUGGAGGCGGCCGCCACCGACCUGCUGCAGGCCGUGCAGCGCAACGGCCGCAUCCCCGGCUCGCAGGCGCGCGACCUGUUCGCGCAGAUCGCGGGCGCCGUGCGGUACCUGCACGACCACCACCUGGUGCACCGCGACCUCAAGUGCGAGAACGUGCUGCUGAGCCCCGACGAGCGCCGCGUCAAGCUCACCGACUUCGGCUUCGGGCGGCAGGCGCACGGCUACCCGGACCUGAGCACCACCUACUGCGGCUCGGCGGCCUACGCGUCCCCCGAGGUGCUGCUCGGCAUCCCCUACGACCCCAAGAAGUACGACGUGUGGAGCCUGGGCGUGGUGCUCUACGUCAUGGUCACCGGGUGCAUGCCCUUCGACGACUCGGACAUCGCCGGGCUGCCCCGGCGCCAGAAGCGCGGCGUGCUGUACCCCGAGGGCCUCGAGCUGUCGGAGCGCUGCAAGUCCCUGAUCGCCGAGCUGCUGCAGUUCAGCCCGUCGGCCCGGCCCUCGGCCGGCCAGGUCGCGCGCAACGGCUGGCUGCGCGCGGGGGACUCCGGCUAA